CUCUCUCUCUCUCUCUCUCUCUCUGUGUUACAUUAUCCUCUCACUCCCCUGCCCAAAAAUGGCGGGGUUCUCAUUCUCCUGCUGCUGCUGGUGCCUUAUAAACCCACCAAUUCUCUUCUCUCUUCCCUCGGAAUCACCUCUCUUUCUUUUACCGGCGACGAGACGGAGAGGCGGAAAGAUUGGUGAGCUCGUCGUGUCGAACGCGCACUCUAACCCGAAGAUUAUAAACCCGAAGAAGAAGUCAAGGUAUGGGCAGACUUUGUCUCCGUAUGACAGUGAUGAAGAGGCAGAGCUUGAUGAUGAGAGCGACGACGAUGAUGACGACUGGUUACUCAACGAUGACUUCGCAGAGGUGACAGAGUAUGAAAAUAAGAAACCAAAGUCACAGAAGACAACCAUUGCUAAGAAAGGUGUCAAGAAGGAGGCCGUGAAAACUUGGGAAACUGAUGAAGACGACUUAGAUAAUGCCUCUGACAAGAAGAAGAAGAAGGUGGAGAAGGAUUCUUGGCGUUUAGAUGGCCGUGGAAAGGUGAGCACAAGGAAACACGUCGCCAAACUAUACCCUCGUCUCUCAGAAGAGAUCGAUAUAGACCCUAAAUGGGUACCUCUCCUGGACUACUUGAGCACAUUCGGUCUGAAAGAAUCACACUUUGUUCAAAUGUACGAGCGCCACAUGCCAUCUCUCCAGAUCAAUGUCUUAUCAGCGCAAGAGAGACUUGAUUACUUGCUGAGCGUCGGUGUUAAACACAGAGACAUCAAGAGGAUGCUGCUGAGACAGCCGCAGAUACUUCAGUACACGGUUGAGAACAAUCUCAAAGCCCACAUUUCCUUUCUGAUGGGACUUGGGAUUCCCAAUUCCAAAAUAGGACAGAUAGUUGCCGUAACUCCGUCUCUGUUCUCUUACAGCGUCGAAAACUCCCUGAGGCCCACGAUAAGGUAUUUGAUCGAAGAGGUUGGGAUAAACGAGAACGAUGUUGGCAAAGUUGUGCAGCUUAGCCCUCAGAUUCUGGUUCAGAGGCUUGAUAUAACGUGGAACACUCGUUACAUGUUCCUCUCCAAGGAGUUGGGAGCGCCUAGGGACAGUGUGGUGAAGAUGGUCAAGAGACAUCCGCAGAUUCUUCACUACAGUAUUGAUGACGGGUUCUUGCCUAGGAUCAAUUUCCUUAGAAGCAUUGGGAUGUGCAACUCUGAUAUAUUGAAAGUCUUAACUAGCCUUACACAGGUUUUGUCUCUCUCACUGGAGGAUAAUCUGAAGCCAAAGUACAUGUAUUUGGUCAAUGAGCUGAAGAACGAAGUGCAUAUUUUGACUAAAUAUCCGAUGUACCUAAGCUUGUCCUUGGACCAAAGGAUACGCCCGCGGCACCGGUUCUUGGUUGAGUUAAAAAAAGUGCGGAAAGGGCCGUUCCCUCUUAGCUCACUGGUUCCAAACGAUGAGAGCUUUUGUCAACAGUGGGCUGGAACUAGUGUAGAUAAGUAUCUCGCUUUUCGUCAGAGGCUAUUACUCAAGGAUUUUGCAAACAAGUAUGAAAAGAGAGGAUGAUGAUGAUGGUGGAGAAAUGGAAGUCAGCAGUUUUGUUUCUUUGUUGCUUCAAACCCGGUGAAAGAGGUUCAUGAGCAGGACUGUGAAUGACCAUUAACUUCUGGUGAAACACCAUACACAGUUUCUGCAAGAUACAGACAUUUACAGGAAAAGAAAAUCUAGAGAAAACGGCUUGGCAACAGACGCAAUUCAUUUUUGUUUACCAGAUGAGAGUUAUUGUGUAAACUUCAAGUUCUGCAGUUGUCUGCAAUGUUCUGUGGUAAAGCUUAUCAUUUUUCCUUUUAGUAAAUAUAAUGGAGAAGGGAAACUCUCUGUGUAGUAUUUUUUUUUUGGCCUUGUUAAUAAUACUAUGAACAUCUAUAAAGUGUUGUUAUGUUGGUCCUUGUGCAAACAGAGGUUGAAGUAAAGAUUCAAGUUAUGGAGA